AUGCCAAUUUCGUCAAAGCCUAAUGCAUCUGAGCAUUUUCCUGUGGCUAGCGUUCAGGAGAACUCGAGUCUUGAAGGACCCGAAAAUGUCUCGCAUUCUUCGUCUGCCCCCCAGUUCAAGCCAUAUGUCGUCUCACUUCGCCUCUCCUACUCCUUCCUGUCUCUAAAUGGAGGCUCUCAAAGCGGCUAUGAAAAACGGGGUUCACUUCUAAAUGCAUACAUAAAAGGAACAGUUUCCGUCGAUUUCAACCGGCUCCGUGGCCGAGUGCAUUCGGGGCGCCCUUUCCAGCCAGCCUGA